AUGACUCCAGCACAACCCGUGUCCUUCCGGUCGGUAUCGUAUAGCCCGCAAACCGGCGAUACGCGUCUUGGGCCAUCCUCGUCCUCUAGGCAGCCAAAAAUUCCAUUGGAGCGGCGAUCUGCUGUCCAUUUUGACGACGAGUGUGCUCCGGACGAUCUGCGCAAAGCAGCGGUUCCUGUCGACACCAAGGUCCCAGCUGGCGUGAAGAUUUGUAACAACGGCAGCAAUAGAUCAGCUAGCAGAUCUUCGUCUUCAAAAAAUGAAUCGGAAACACCUAAAGCAACUACUCGACUGGCACACGCCUCGCUGGACGUCGGCGACACCGGAGAGUUAACUUGCGUGGACAAGAAAUGGGGUGACCUGUUCGAGAUUGACAACCAGCCGACAGAGCGCUUCCGAGAAGUCAUGCAUAGUCUCUCGCGCUAUAUUAUAUGCGCAUUUCCCUCCUCUGAGAAUAUUGUUCUCGUGCCUUCCAAGCUUGCCUCUUUUUACAAUUUCCACGGUGUCGACAGUGAUCCAUUUUGUUACAGACUUAUUUUUCAGUCUGGGGAUCGAGACUCUAACCGCCGGGUUGCCGAUUUAUACCAGGACCUGGGCUGCACAUAUCAUCUGGUCCAAGAAAGCCCCGGCCUGCAGCCACGGGUCCCGGGUUUGACGCCAGACGGGUUUACUCGGUGGAUGGUACUGCACCUCCAAGCAUUCCCAGACGGCGUCUCGCAGCGCCUCAAUCGGAUCAUGUCGGACUUCCCGCUCGAUGUGGUGAGUCCCCUGGACGGGCGAAUCGAGAGACUCCCAAAGCAGCUGUCGCGAUAUUUGCUUCCCCGAGUGCCAGAUGGCCGUAUCCGUUCGCUUUUGCAGCAAGCUGUCAAACGGCACUUUGGUGAAUCUGCUCUGCUCGCCCCCCUCUUCCCAGAGGAGAAGGCCAGCCGGUCAACGGCCUACAAGAGCCAGACACAUUUCACUUCACCACCGCCUCGUAAUAUGUCGUCACCAUCGGCUUCGACUCCGGCCAUCGUCCAGGCAUGCCAUCGCGAUGGUCGAGCGAGGGGCCAGUCACCAGCGCCAGUAGCAGGAUAUGGCCACCGAGUGUCGGACCCAGGGGCGGUGUCGAUUAGUACUGAUGAAAAGGUUUUCCUUUCGACCCACCGCCGCCACGCCUCAUACCCUGGCUCUCAAUCAAGGUCGGGCAGAGGCAAUGAGCUGGUGCAAGACCACCGUGACCUCCAUGGCGGCGAGCAUCAGCGGGAGGACCGGCGGCAGAGAAGUUCUAGCCAAUCUCGAUCGUCACGACCAUAUUCACGACUAGGUUCACGUCAAAGUUCGCGUCACAAUUCCCCAGUGUCCUCGGAAAAAGAAGAGGACACUCGUCGUCCGCAUCGCUGGCAGCACCCGCUGAGAGAUGUGGACCAUCACCGGAGCGCAAGCCAAGACAACUAUCGUCGCAGCUCGAGCCGGUCUAGACAUAUGGGCGUCGCGAGCCACAGUAGUUCUUGCUUGGCCAGUGGGACCAAAAGCAGCGGACAUGAUGGCCAGCGAAGCAAGUAUCCGCCCUCGUCGCUCGUGACGGUAACCAACGCGUCGACUCGGCGGGCGCCGAGUCCCAAGAACCGUAGUUUCCGCACCUCGUUGCCGGAGAUCCACUCCACCGACCAGCGGCGGCCUUCAACAGCGCGUGAUGGCUAUUUGGCCAGGGACGCCAUGGAGCACAGCGCGGAAAUCAACCGGCGCGCAUCCUGUUAUGGCCCGCCGUCAGCGGCGGUCCAAAAUGAAGCGCACCGCACCACGUCCCGAGAGUACGGAACUCGGAUGGAGUGCCCUGCGAGCAGCGGCGAGGAGCAAAACUACCAGCUGUAUGGAUCCCCGGUUUCGUCGAUGCCGAUUCUUCACCGAAAUUCUAUAGCCAGCACUCGCGAGACGAUACCAAAAGUCCACCGUCCGUCUCAGGCAAAGACCGAAGUUGCAGCAGCACCACAUGCACCGGCAUCGUCGCCCCGAGUGCAUCCUACUCGAGCACCCGUGUCCUUGGUGGCGACAGUAACGUCAUUGGAAGAAGAGAGAGCAAGCCUCGUCGAAGACGACGGUACGGAAAGUGACCAGACCUGGGAAGACUAUCUACGAACCAGUCCACGUGUUGCGCCGGUGGCAUGA